AAUAUUUGGAUCAAAAUUUCUCUCUCAUUUUGCAGAAACACUCACGUAGAGAACACAGAGAACGAAAAUGGCGAUUCUCCGAUCUCCGCCGCCGUGACUUUUCUCCGAUCUACACCGCGCUUCUUCUUCUCUGCGGUUUUUUUUAGGUAGAAGGAUUUGAAGUAGUAUGAAAAACACUAGCCACUGUCCACGUUUCACUGCUCCUGCCUCCUCAUUUGUUGCGCCUGCAGCCUCUUCAUCAGUCGCGCAUGCCUCCUCCUCGGUCGCUCCUGCUUCUUCUGGUACGCCUGCCACUGCUGCUGAUGCUACACAGAUGGCAACUAAUGUUGACAUUAAUGAGACAAAGCUUUGGCCUGAUUUUGUAACGAAAGUUUUCAUUGACAUAAUGGUUGAUGAAGUUACAAAAGGAAAUAUGCCAAAUGGUGUGUUUCAUACUAGAAUAUGGUCCUCAAUGACCUAUAAGUUGAAUACCAUAACUGAACGACUGUAUCAAGCUGAUAAACUAAAGGCAAAGAUGCAUAGGUUGCGAGCCAUGUAUCGUGACUUCUAUUCACUGAAGCAGAACACAGGAUUUGGCUGGAAUGCUGAAACAAACAUUGUUACUGCAACUGAAGAAGUCUGGAAAAAUUAUCUGAAGGUACAUCCCAAAGCUGCACAGUUUCAAAAGAAAGGGUGUGACCAUUACAAGUUGCUGGAUAUCAUAUUCAACAAAAAUAAUGCAGCUGGAGUACUUCAUCAUUCAUCUACCCAAGACCCACCAAACACAGAUGACGAAAAUGAGUUUUGGAUUGAUCAACACAUGUGCAUGUUGAUAAGGAUAGUUCAUAUGAUGAUCUACAUGAAGUUGAGCGCAUCACACGCAGUGAAAAGCAACAGAUUCAUGUGAGAUCCAAGAAGGAGUCUACAUCACAUCAUAUGAAUGAGGCACUUGCAGCAUGGGCUCAAGUUUCUUUGGUAAGAGCUGAUAGGUUAAGAAGGGAUAGGAGUGCAGAGGCUACUUCGCGUGUAACUUUGGAUUGUUCUCUUACCAAGUGUGUGGCUGCUCUCGAUGGACUAGAAGACAUUUCAGAUGAUACCUAUGGAAAAGCUUUGGAAAAGUUUAAGGAUUCUGAUUGGAGGAAAAUGUUUAUCGCCAUGCCUAAUGAGAGGAAGCGUGGAUGGAUACUUAGGCUCUAAGGAUAUAACCUGUAUUUGUUUAGGUUCUAGUGAUGAGACAUACUUAUCAUCUUUAGUGAUUAGACAUACUUAUCUUAGUAUUUUUUGAACAAUUGCUUGUGUGUUUAUUUACAUGAUGUUGCUGAGAAUUGAUAUUGUAAAACCUUUUAUUUUCCUCUUAUCGAGUAUCGUGUUUUUAAGUUUUAUUGUUACUUUGUAUGACAGGUUAUAACUAUAACUGAUAUUGAAAAAAGUGAUGAUUCUACUUCUGAUA